AUGUCCUACGCGCGCGCGGCUUCACCCUCGCGUUCGGACGUCUCCUCCGAUCUUGACCUCGAUCUCGAAGAGCUCGAUCCCACGUCGUCGUCCGGCACGUUUCGCCGCUCAAUCCUCGGGUCGAACCACAGAAGCUCCUUUUCGUCGCAUCGACGGGGGCGCAGCAGCGAAGACGGUGGUGCCGGCGGCGGUGGCGGCGGUGGCGGCGGCGGCAGCAAGGUCAAGAGUCCCAGUAGGAUAGCGCUACGAAACCUGGCGAUGGGAUACGGCGGGAGAGGGCGGCGCGGGGAUGCUGCGCAGGCCGAGGAGGAUGAGGAAGCUCUGUUGGGCAGGCGGCGGAGUAGUGUUGCCGACCACGAUGAUGAUGAUGGUCGCGGGGAGAUGCCCUUACUGCAGCGGAUGACGUCGCGCAUGUCGAUUCGGAACGGUGCCUCAUCGCCAUCGCCAUCGAUACAUCCCGACUUUACGCCUUCGACCGAGACCCGGACCGUAGUCCUGGGCGGGGGAGCUGCUCCGGCGCCCGCCAGUGGGAAAAAACCGCCGUCCUACCCCCCAAAUAUUAUUUCGAACCACCGGUACACAGCUUUUACGUUCCUGCCGCUCACGCUGUAUCACGAGUUCAGCUUCUUCUUCAAUCUUUACUUCUUGUUGGUCGCGCUCAGUCAGAUCAUUCCCGCGUUGCGGAUAGGGUUUUUGAGCACGUAUAUCGUGCCGCUGGUUUUUGUGUUGGCCAUCACUCUGGGGAAGGAGGCACAUGACGAUGUUGCCAGACGGAGAAGAGAUAAGGAGGCGAAUAGCGAGCCGUAUGAGGUGUUGGCCCUGGGCGCUGAAGACAGCAGCCCAGUAGGCAGGAUACGCGGACUGGGCAAGAGAAAAACGGCGUCGUUGUUGUCGUCGUCGUCGUCGUCGGCACGAGCGGAGGGUAAUUCACUGCGCUCCGAUGAACGGGAAAACAUGAGAACAGUGAUAAAGAAGAGUCGCGAUCUCAAGGUGGGCGAUAUUUUGGUGCUCAAGAAGGAUCAACGUGUUCCUGCGGAUGUGGUAAUAUUGAAGUCAUUAUCGAACGAGGUAGAGACCGCCGACGACCCUGUGCCCCAAGACAGUGAUGCUGCCGGGGAGGCUUUUAUUCGGACCGACCAGCUCGACGGGGAGACAGAUUGGAAGCUUAGAGUCGCCCCUCCACUCUCCCAUGGACUACCCACCGCGAAAUUUGAGACUCUACGGAUCACUGCCUCGGCGCCAUCGAGAGAGGUCAACAGCUUCGUGGGCACUCUUGAGUAUCCUGGAUCCGGCCUCACCGCGGAAGGGUCCGGGAGUACUGCACAAUACCAGAAAUCUGCGUCCGUUGGACUGUCCAUUGAUAAUACUGCGUGGGCAAACACUGUGCUUGCCAGUAACUCGGCCACGCUGGCGGCUGUCAUUUACACGGGCCCGGAAACCCGUGCAGCGCUGUCGACAUCGAAAGGACGGAGCAAGAGUGGACUUUUGGAGAAGGAAAUCAAUAACCUAACCAAGAUCUUAUGUAUUCUCACCUUUACUCUAUCCAUCGUGUUGGUCGCCCUCGAAGGCCUCAAGAAUCACCCCAAUAACCCCGGCGUCAAGAAUCCCGAACAGCCCGGAGAGGUUGUCAGUGGACCUUGGUACAUCAAAAUCAUGCGGUUUCUCAUCCUGUUCUCCACCAUCAUUCCCAUCUCCCUCCGUGUUAAUCUGGACAUGGGGAAGAGCGCGUAUGCCUGGUUCAUCGAGAAGGACAAGGACAUUGAGGGAACGGUCGUGCGGACGUCGACCAUCCCCGAGGAGCUCGGCCGGGUCGAAUACCUGCUCAGCGACAAAACCGGAACCCUGACGCAGAAUGACAUGGAGCUGAAAAAGGUGCACGUUGGAACCGUCAGCUAUGCCGGCGAGGCCAUGGACGAAGUUGCGGAAUUCGUGCGCCAGGGCUUCUCCCAGACAACGGCGGAAACAUCGCUCGUCACUCCCUCGACCAGUGCUGCUCCGCAUGCCAGUGGCACGCGCACGCGCAGGGAGAUUGGGUCCCGCGUCAGAGAUGUUGUGCUCGCGUUGGCGCUGUGCCAUAAUGUUACGCCGACCACCGCUACGGAGGAGGGUCAGACCGAGGCGGUUACGACAUACCAAGCGUCGAGUCCCGAUGAGAUUGCUAUCGUGAGCUGGACCGAGAGCGUGGGAUUGCGGCUCGUCCAUCGCGAUAGAACGGGAAUGAAACUGGUCAGCGCUGAUACCGGAGAGGUCGUUGUUCGUGUCAAGAUUUUGGAAGUGUUUCCUUUCACCAGUGAAGGGAAGCGGAUGGGCAUCGUCGUCCAGUUCCUCGGGGGAAAAAGUAGUGAGAAGAAGAAGGAGCAGGAGCAGGAUCUUCUCGGCGAUCAUAUCGAAGAGGAUGGAGCUUCGUCAGACGAGGAUUCCGGCGACAUCUGGUUCUUCCAGAAGGGUGCGGAUACCAUCAUGAGCUCCAUUGUGGCUAGCAAUGACUGGCUGGAUGAGGAGUGCGGAAACAUGGCCAGGGAAGGACUGCGAACGCUCGUCAUCGGACGGAAGCGGUUGAGUGCACACCGCUACCAGGAAUUCUCGGCAAAGUACAAGGCUGCCUCUCUGCUCCUCCAGAACAGGGACAAGGAGAUGGAGAAAGUCGUUCAGGAAUACUUGGAACACGAUCUGGAAUUACUGGGAGUCACCGGAGUCGAGGAUAAACUGCAGAAGGAUGUCAAACCUAGCUUGGAACUCCUACGAAAUGCGGGUAUCAAGAUCUGGAUGUUGACGGGAGACAAAGUCGAAACCGCGCGGUGUGUCGCCGUUAGCGCAAAGUUGGUUGCGAGGGGGCAGUACAUUCAUACCAUCGCCAAACUGAAACGGAAAGAUCUCGCGUACGAUGCGUUGGAAUUCCUACGCAACAAGACGGACUGCUGCCUCCUCAUCGACGGAGAAUCUCUGGCUCUGUUCCUCGAUAACUACCGGGAUGAAUUCAUCUCUCUGGCCGUCCAGCUUCCCGCCGUAGUCGCAUGCCGCUGCACACCCACCCAGAAAGCCGACGUUGCCCGUCUGAUCCGUGAAUUCACCAAGAAACGCAUCUGCUGUAUCGGCGACGGAGGUAACGACGUGUCGAUGAUCCAGGCUGCCGAUGUGGGUGUCGGUAUCGUCGGUAAGGAGGGUCGGCAGGCCUCGCUGGCAGCAGAUUUCUCCAUCACGCAGUUCUGCCAUCUCACGAAGCUGUUGGUCUGGCACGGAAGGAAUUCUUAUAAGCGCAGCGCGAAGUUGGCCCAGUUCGUGAUGCAUCGUGGUCUGGUGAUUUCUGUGUGCCAGACCAUGUUCAGUAUCGCGAGUAAAUUCGAGCCUAUCGCCCUGUACCAAGGAUGGCUACUCGUUGGCUACGCGACAUUGUACACCAUGGCCCCGGUCUUCUCGCUCGUCCUUGACCGUGACGUCGAUGAGCACCUUGCCAACCUCUAUCCCGAACUCUACAAAGAGCUCACGGAAGGCCGCUCGCUCAGCUAUCGCACCUUCUUCGUCUGGGUACUCGUCUCGGUCUAUCAAGGCGGGGUAAUCCAAGGCCUCUCUCAGAUCCUCGUUGGACUCGACCAAUUCAAGCGGAUGGUAACGGUAUCAUUCACGGUGCUCGUGCUAAACGAGCUGAUCAUGGUCGCUCUCGAGAUCACCACAUGGCAUCUAUGGAUGGUUCUCGCCGAGGUGGGCACGGCAAUCGCGUUCGUCUGUUCCAUCCCGUUCCUGGGAGACUACUUUGAGCUCGAUUACGUGCUCACCCUCGGCUUCCUGUGGCGCGUCGUCGUCAUCAGCUCCAUCAGUCUUAUCCCCCCCUGGGUGGUCAAGGCGGUCCGCAGAAGACUCAAGCCGCCGAGUUAUGCGAAGGUGCAGGGGAUUUGA